CUGGAGGUUUAUGGUAAUUGCGGUUCCCGGAUUGGCCUUCUGGGUAGAGUCUGCGACUGGAACCAAGGCGCGGGCACUCAUUCUCCGCUGUACUUCUGGAGGCGGUAGUUGUGAGUCCUCUGAAUGGUGCCAUACGGAAGAAAACGGAACAGUAAACAUAGGACGAAAUAAAAACGAAUGGGAACAUUGACAGAAACACCCUAGCCUCUCACUGAAGAAAAUGGGCACUGUUAGCAUUCUUUAUUUGUUGAAAACGGAAAUUCUCGCCAUAUUUUUGAGGUGGCGUGUGUGCUGUAUGGCGAGCUCAACAUGGCGCUGCAAUGCAUAACCAGACUGAAUUAGUUUAUUGUUUAUUGAGACCUACGACCGUUGUUGCCACCUGUGCUCCUUGAAACAUUCACAACAACGAUUCACUUAGUGUCUUUUUACUAAUGGAUAUAUUUACUGGGGGGCAGAAACGUAGCCUAUCACUGGGACUCCGUGGAUGUGGUCGUUGAUUGUCGCCUACUCGUCUUUCCCGGAUUUUUACCAACUGGAAAUGUAUAAAGACUAAGGAUGUUUUCGUAGUCUAAUCUUACCUGCAUGUCAUUUAACAAGCACAACAUUGUCACCCCUGUUUGCUGUAAAGUUAAAUUACAAAAGUGAUAUUUCCCCCGACGCACGAACUCUCGUCGGGUCGUUUUGACUGACUCGUGGAGCCUAGAGAACACGGCCAAAAAGUUCCAACUGGACAUUUUGUGUUUUGGCCAAGGACAAUCGAAAUUAUUCUGGAAUUUCUAUCAGGAUUGUACCAGUGAGGGAUGGUGGGAGGCAGACUACCCAUGUGGACCUAACCAUCCAGGAACCACCACAUCACACAAAGCAUGGUGGAUGCGAGUGCUGCUUGCAGAAUGAACCCGCUAGCUGCCCUGGGCAUGGACCGUAGCAGCCUGAUGAGGGAGAGCCUCCGCGUCCACGGAGGGAUGGUCUACCCGGGCAUCCGCACCCUGUCCGCCUCCGAAAAAGCCAGGGAGGGGGUCUCCUCCUUGCCUCUGGGCUACGACCUUGUCUACAAACCCGAAGGGUUGACCUUGGACGGCAGGAAGCCUGGUAACGGUUACGUGGGUCUGUAUAAGAGCUCUCCCCCCGGGUUGCAGAGGCCUGGUGGAGGAGGGGAGGGGCUGGGGAUGGAGCGGCGUGUGGGGCCUGGAGAUAAACCCUCUGAGCUGGGCCUCAACAGCAGCAACGGCUUCCUGCGACUGCCCUGGGCAGUAAACCCGUACGCUGACCCCGGACUGUACCCCUUCCUGGACUCCUCCAAAUACGCAGCCCUCAACAUGUACAAGGCCUCGUUCCUGUCCCAGCCCUCACCCUACCUGCCCCAGCACCUGGCCUACCAGUCCCUGUGUGGAGGGGCGGGGGGUAGCGCUGCUGGGGCAGAGCGCCUCUUCUACAUGCCCCCGUACCCCCCGGCCCCCAUCUCCUCCCCCCUGGCCCCUCCUAUGAGGAUCCCCAUGGCCACGGUGGUCCCCAACACCCUCUCCCCGAUGCAGGGCCUGGGGCCCCGGAUCCACCACGAGUCCUCCCCCUACGGGUCCCAGCUUCACCAGCAGCACCAGGCCCACCAGCAGUCCCAACCCCAUCACCAGUCACAUAGUGACAGGCAGCCCCAGUCCCAACCAAAUCACCAGUCACAUAGUGACAAGCAGCCCCAGUCCCAACCCCAUCACCAGUCACAUAGUGACAGGCAACCCCAGUCCCAACUAAAUCACCAGUCACAUAGUGACAGGCAGCCCCAACCCCAUCACCAAUCACACAGUGACAGGCAGCCCCAGUCCCAACCCCAUCACCAGUCACAUAGUAGAGACAGGCAGUGCCAGUCCCAACGCCAGUCCCAUAGUGACAGGCAGCACAACAACAGCAGCAGUAGUAAGCCCAGCCGGACUUCCUCUAGUAAGAGCUCUGGCAGCAGCAGCAUUCACAACAGUAGCAGUAUUACCAGUAGUAGCAGUAGUAGUGCUGGGACUGGCAUUAGCAGCAGCCUACCAGUGGACUCCACCCAAGCACUUAUAAUGCAGUCCCCCCGCACAGCCCCCCACCCUCCCCAGACCUCAGUCCCUCCCCCCUCUCCUCUCAUAGACAACAGCACUUUGGACAUCCAGAAGUCACUGUUCAGAAGCCCCCCCUGCUCCACCACCACCACCACCUCUUCCUCCCCGUCGGUGUCCCAUCCUUUCUACAUGAGCAGCAUGGCCUCUGAGCACCGCUCCCCGGUGCGGUCCGGCAGCAACACCCACAAAGCCAAACCCAAAGAGCAGGGCAGCAGCUCAGAGCACAGGAAUGUGGAGAGGAAUGGGGAAAGGAAGCGGAGCCAGUCCCCUUUAAAGACUUUGUCCUCUGAUAGACCAGCAGUACUACAGGCUCCUGCCAAAGACCCUGCGGACAAGCCUCUGGAUCUGUCAGCCAAAAUCCUGGAGCUGGAAGGCUCCCCCAACGGAUUCCCCCCAAAACUAGAGGCCUUGGCUAAGCUGGGCUACUCGCCCGCGGCUCGAUACGGCUUACCCCCCAGCCGGGAGCUCCUCAAAGAAACCCUCUCCCCGUCAGGGGCUUCCUCCAAAACUCCUGAGAGGCCUGAGAUCAUUAGCACUUUACGCUCCUCCUGGGUGGUGCCCAGCCCGACCCCGGUCCACGACAGCUCCAGCUCAGACGCCAACCACAACAAAGAGCGAAGCUCUUCCUGUCCCAGGAUAGGUGAGGUCGAUGGGGCUGUCGUCCCCAGCCAUGCCCCAGCUGUGGUAGCUCCUUCUGGGAGUCGAUCGUCCUCUGCCUCCCCCUCUCCCAAGGUCAAUGGUGAUUGGCCAAGAUCCUCCCCUAACUACUCGGAGACAGCCCCUUCUUCCAACAGAGUGGGCAGCCAUCCCUCUUCUGGGAAGCCAUUGAAACCCCUCAAGAAACCAGAGGCUCAGGAGAUGCCCUUCAAACCUCAGCAGCCACUCCACUUAGACAACAGCCAUCCGUCCGGCCACCCCCCCAGCCACCUCUACCUCCCCCAGAGUGACGGCUAUCUGCCCCCUAGCCUAGCCUACGCUAACAGAUACCUGCCCUACUCGGUCCAGGAGAGCAUGUCCCUGCCCCACAUGCCCAUGCCAGGCAAAGGCCCAGUGUACCCCCACCCUGUUCUGCUGGGCAGCAGCAGCCUGUACCCACCCCGCCUGCCCCCCAAGCACGGCCUCCCGUACGGCAUCCCCCCCAGCCACGGGGACUACCUGACCUUCCAUGACUCCCAGGAGAUGGUCCACCCCCUCAUGUCCUCCCCCCACACAGGCCUGGACCUCAAGACCAGCGAGCGGCUGCAGGAGCUCAGGUCCAGGCCCAAGGAGAAGGUUUGGCAGCACCACGAGGACUCUGCCCCGGCCUACAAGAGCCAGACCCAGGCCCCAGACACUAAACACACCCGCAGGGGGGACAGAGAGACCGACAGGUCCACAGGCCUGGGCUCAAAGAGCUUCAACCACAAGCCUCUGACGGGAGCUAGAGAGGAGAUGGUCUGUAUCGACUUAAUCCAAGACGAUGGGGACAGCGACUCUCCCCUGACCAAAGCUGUCUCUCCAUGUGCUAAGAGAGGAGACCCCUCCAAACCUGUGGGUAGUGGGAGUAUCGGGAGAAACGAGGGGAGAGAGGCAGAGCUCCAGCACAUGCUCCGUACCGGCCAGGCUGUUGAACUCAGGCCAGGCCAGGCCCACAGGCAGGCAGAGCAGCAGCAACGCAGCCAGCUGUGGCUGGGCUUCCACCCUUCCUCCCUCCGUCCCUCUCCUCCCUCCCUCUCCCCCUGCCCUUUCCCCAGAUGUGAGGAGGACAGCCCCAGCCCUGCAGGGAGCAGCCCCAUCUCUGACCUGCCAGAGGAGCAGACCCUUCGCUGCGCAAGGACUUCUGGAGACCGCACCUCUUGGGACCGUAGAGACCAAUCUUUAGAGGGCUUUAAGAGCAGGGACUGUACUUUUGAGGACCCCACCUCUGUGGACCGUAGUUCUGGGGACCGCAGUUCCUGGGACCAUACACGUGAGGACUGUACUUUUAAGGACCGCAGCUCUUGGGACCGUACACGUGUGGAUCGUACAUGUAGGGACCGCUCUUGCGAGGACCGCACCUCCGCAGACCAUUCUCCCAGGGAACGCACCUUGCACGAAUCUGGGUUUAGGAAUGAAAGGACCAUGGACCACUACUUGGACCUGGACAAGGACAUGCACACGGACACAGAGUCCCACGAGGGUGAGGAGUACGACGACCAAGGCUGCCCCAGGGCCAGGAGAUCCAGCCUGGCCAAGCGCAUCGCUAACUCCUCUGGCUACGUUGGUGACCGCAUCAAGUGUGUCACCACCGAGCUGUACGCCGACUCCAGCAAGCUGAGCAGAGAGCAGCGGGCACUGCAGAUGGAAGGCUUAACACAAGAGGACAGUAAAUUAAGUCAACCUGCUGCUUACUGUGAGCGUGCUAUGCUGCGCUUCUCUGAGCUGGAACUGAAGGAGAAGGAGGGAGGAGGGGCGGCGGUGGACUUGGCAGACAGCCAGCGCGAGCGGAGAGAGGGGGAUGGAGGAGAGGACAGGGCGCGCUGCCAAGGCCCAGCCAGAACGGGGCCAGGGGCCACAGCCCUCACAGACGAGGCUGAGAAGGACGGUGUGCAGCCGACGUGCCCCAACAACAGAGUGCCUGUUCUCCAGCGAUGCCCACACACCGAGGGCCUCCCACCCAGAGAGAGGGAGCAGGCUGGCCCCGACCUGGAGGAGAGGAAGAGGGGGAUGAUGAUGGAGAAAGAGGAGAGGGUGUGUAUGCUCCCACAGGAGCGGUCUGCCAGCCUGCCCACGGCCCCAGUGGAAAGGCUGGCCCAGAAGGAUGCCAACCCUGGCAUCAUGCCAGCCUCCAUGCCCACCGCGGUACCUGGCAGGAAACACGCGUAUGCCCUGGAACCGUGCCAGCCACUCCAGGCCGACAGCCAGGGGAAAGAGCGGGAGGAAAAUGAGAGAGAAGAGGAGAUGGAGGAGACGAUGGAUGUUCCAGCCAAAAGAGCCAGGCUAACAAACGGCCCCACUGAGCCCGUCCCAGAGGAGCUAAAGAACCUCAAGGUGUGUAUCGAGCUGACCGGCCUCCGACUCAGCAAGCCCCGCCUCGCCCAGGAGCUCAGCCAAUGGCAGGCCGCCACCCAGAGGUCGACAGAGGUCAAUGGAAGCAUCGCCAUGACGACGACCCUGCCCAACGGGUGCCCCGAUGUUGGCGGCACAGACAGGAAGGUUGCCUCACAGGAAGACCGGAGCCUGAAACGCAGGUCAGAGGUCAACGGCCACGCCUGGUGCAACGAAACGUUUGGUCACGGCGACAGCGAGCGAGUGGUGCUGCCGUCUGUUCCUCUGACCCCAGCGCAUCGGGACCGCCUCUCCUGGACCCCGUCCAACACCCCUGUCAGAAGACCACCCCUCCAGACCAACACCCCUGCCCUCACCCCCUUUCACUCCCUGGCCCCUGCACACCCCCACAUCACCCUCACCCCCAGCCCUCCACGGCUGUCAGACAAGAGACAGAGGCUAAAAGAACACCGCAGGACCAGUGCUCUGGGACUGGGACCCCCCCACCCCGGCCCUCACCCCGACCAUGACCCCAACCCAACGGGGGACCUGGUGACCCCCAGACUCCGUCGGCACGGCGACCAGGACAAGCCCAAGGGCAAGCGGCAGUGCAAGACUAAACACACCAGCCAGAGGGAGAGGGAGAGGGAGAGGCUGGGACUGGGGCUGGGGAAUGAAGAACUGAGGGAAGAGAGGGAGAAUAAGCAGGUCAAGGAAAAGCACUGCAGCGAGAAGCGGAGGAGGUCUUCAUCCCUGUCGGAUUACUCCCACUCCUCCCCCGCCCCCCCUCUCACCCUGCCCCCCCAGCUCAGCCCUCUGCCCAGCCCUACAGAGACCCAGGACAUCACGCCAACCCCCUCCAACCCCCCGGUGCCCACCUCUACCCCUGCCAGCCGACCCAUGCCUCCCGAGGCCCGCAGGCUCAUCGUCAACAAGAACGCAGGAGAGACCCUGCUGCAGAGGGCUUCCCGCCUAGGAUACGAGGAUGUAGUGCUGUACUGCCUGGAGAACAGGGUGUGUGACGUCAAUCACCGUGACAACGCGGGCUACUGUGCGCUGCACGAGGCAUGUGCACGUGGCUGGCUUGCUAUCACUCAGCACCUGCUGGAGCACGGUGCCGACGUCAACUGUAGCGCCCAGGAAGGCACCAGGCCCCUCCAUGACGCCGUGGAGAAUGACCAUCUGGAAGUGGUCCGUCUGCUGCUGUCCUACGGAGCUGACCCCACCCUGGCUACAUACUCUGGCCGCAGCCUCCUCCGCAUGACGCACUCCCCCGGCAUGGAGGGAUUCCUCUCUGAGUAUUUUUCCGACCUGAAGGGGCGUGAAGACACUGACGAAGGCAUCUACUGGGAGUUUUACGGCAGCGCCGUGUGUGAGUCAGGUGAGGACCCAGCAGCCUAUGACAUCCUGGCUAACCCCCCAGGCCCAGGAGAGGAGGAGGAGGAGGACACGAGGCAGGGGUUUGAGUUUGAGUUCUCUGACCGACCCCUCCUGCCCUGCUACAACAUUCAGCUCUCCCUCUCACAGGGUCCCAGAAACUGGCUGCUCCUAUCAGACGUCCUGAAGAGACUCAGAAUGUCCUCCAGGGCGUUCAGGGCAGCCUUCGCCCAUCUGGAGGUAGCAACCAUCGCCGAGGCAGAGUUCUACAAGCAGGCGUCACUGUCGCAGCUCUUCUUGUGCCCCGACGAGCUCGCCGCCUUCCUCCCCGACAGCAAGGAGCUGCUGGACCUGGUUGAGACCAGCUCGGAGCUGGCUGCACUGCUGGGCUCCUCGCUAGAGUGUUUGGACAACCGAUGGGAGCCCAAAGGGGCCCGGGUCAAAGCUAAAGCCCGCUCGUGACCCUGAGAUACACACACACACACAGAGGGUGACUCAAUAAGAUCUACUUUCUCCUGAAGUGGGCACUCCUUCACUAGUUCCCACAAAUCUGGUGCAGUUAUUUGGCUAGUGGUAGUUUUCCACCAUAUUUCUUACACCAGUCCUUUCCUUUCAAAUCGGUGAAGGGAAGUGAACACUUUGGGAGGAAGGAGAGAGUAUUGGGAUGUAGCCAACACACACACAUGCUCCAUGUGUAUCUAGUGUACGUUCCCAUGCCCUGUGAGGACUGGACGUUGAAUACUGGACAAUAUCCCUUCAAAGAGGAAACAGACCCCAGCGCCACACAAACUGCAUUUUUAAAAUAAAUAUAUUAUAUAUGUAUAUGUAUACAUUAACAGCCAAUUUUAUUUGUUCUAUAUAUAUAUAUAUGUAUGUAUAUCCAUACUGUAUAUCUGCUGCUUUGGUUGUCAUGUUAUGGUCAGGUUGUCGGUUUUGACACUGUUUGGGUUGACCAGGCUAGUGAACAGGUCAGGAGCAAUGUGAGUCGAAUGUGGACCUCUGAGGUUAAGGUUAUUGUUUGACUUUGGAUCAUGGCAGUGCACUUGAUUUGAGCUUUACCGACCCAUCGGACUUUGUCAGGUGCUAGAUAUAUAUAUAUAUAUAUAUAUAUAUAUAUAUAUAUAUAUAUAUAUAUAUAUAUAGAGGUGAACUGUGACAAAAACAUUUUAGCACUCAUGGCUCAUCCCAAAGAUUUGGGGAUUUUUUAUUUUCGACAUUGUGUCUAAAAACCUAGCUUUAUUUGUCUCUUAUUUAUGACAAUGAGGAAUUAAGAUAUUUGAUGUGGGUUUUUUGUCAAAUAUAAAUGUAAGAUACUACAUGACAUGUCAAUUGAAGAGUGAGAUUCUUGCUUGAACUUGUAAAUAAGAUGACCAUUUCAGUAACUGUUUUUCUGACUGGGGUGUUUGAUUGAUUUGUUUGUUUUGGCAAUGUAAGUGUUUAAACUUUGUAAUUAAAUACACUAUUUGUAUUUAUAUUUUACAAAAAAGUUACUUUAAAUAAAUCGCAAUAAAAGUUAA